CGCGGAUGACGCGCGUGCAAUAGAAUUUUGAGGGAGACUGUACGAAAAGCGUGCGGGUCGUUCCAACGCGUACCAAGUUCUACGUGGUUCCCGUGGACAGUGAAUGGAAGUUACACACGUCGGUCUCUCCUCAUGGACUCUCCUCGACGGAGAGACCGUGAGGUUUCUCUUUCCUCUCUGCCCCACCCCGGGCCGCUUCCCGCGAUCCGUGAAGCGUAGCUGGCCUCUCUUUCUUCCACUUUCGGCCGGGCGCGUUCGCCGCUCGUUCCACGCGCGCCUCGGUUUCCGCUGCUCUCGUAGAGGCCCACCGAGCAUAUCGCAUGACUCGCGAGGCAUGUGGCCGACAGUUUACCUCGGGAUCUCGAACCGGUCGAUUCGCGGACGAUUUCGAGCGUAGAAAGAGAGAGAGAGAGAAAGAGAGGACUCGGUCGCACGAACCAUGGGCCUGCGCGAAAAGACCGUCAACAACAGCCACGGACUGCUCCCGUCCGCGGAAGGGGAAACAACGUCGUGGUCGACGACGGAAACGCCGCCGUUCACCGCCGAGGAGGAGGACGCGAUAGUCACUCUGGUGGUAGUCGUGAUCGGUAUCAUCGUGGCCAUAGUAGUGCUGUUCUCGAUGGGAAUAUUCAUCGAUUGCAAACACCAGAAAAAGGAGGCCCUGAAGAAAAGGAAGCUGAAGCUGCGAAUGCCGCCGAUAUCGCGGACGAGGAAAACGGGGAAGGACGACGGGAAAUCCCUGGCGUCGGACAUGUGCCCGAACGGGGCGAGCGACGCCGGUUUUCGAACGAGGGACGCCAUAGUCUGACGGUCCCCGCGGCCGUUUUCUGCUCUAUCGAACGCGAGCGCGGUUCACGGCAGCGGCAGCCGGUUCUCUCUCUCUCUCAUCGAACUUCGUCGAGAUGGGAAAAAAAGUGGUCCUCGAUGCGGAGCGGAGAAACAAAACUGUCGGCAUUAUUUUCACCGAAUUCGGCAUCGAGAGAUCGGCGACGCGACCUUCGCCGACGACGAGGCCCGCCGCGGCAGACGAUUAUUCAGCUAAUUCCCUCGACUGUGAUUUCUAUCGUUAUUUAUCUCGUGCGUCAAUUGGAACUCCCGUCGAUCGCAUCGAUCGGAUAUCGCGGGCUCCCGAUGAUCUCGCGUGGCUCCGAGUCACGCAAACGGAUACACGGCGACGUUGAUCCUCUCUCGCUAUCUCUGGCUAUAUACAUAUCUCCCUCUCCUCCCCUAUCCCCUCGUCCCUCCACCAGCACUGCCGCCGCGGUCCGAAUCUCGAUGUUUGCACGAUUCGACGACGUACAUAUUGUAGAAACGUGAACACGUUGUGCACACGAACGCGGCCGCGUGUCACUGUGAACGAGCGCGAGAACGUACGUCUUCUGGCUCGCACAAUAUCGAACAGUUUUAUAAUAUAAUUGCGUUUCGUCGCGAUCCCAAUUGCGACAGCGGCGAGA